AAGAAUAAAAAAGCUAUAAGGGUUGUUGAACUGUUUUAGGUGUUCCAGAAAACAACGCUUUGUUUUUUUUGAUUGUUUUGAGCUUUGAGACACAUUCCGACUGACUUGUUAAUAUAUGGUAAUGAGUGUAGAUGAGCACUUGAAUCAACUGUAUAUGUUUCCUGGGUUGAAUUUCCCUCACGCCAAGCAGCACUCGUCUUGUUUACAGUCCUUGUUCCUGGCAACAACGUCAUCAAGUGUGCCUGACAUCCCGGAGGCGGGGUCACAGACGAAAAGGCCAAUCAGAGAGCUGAGCGGAGCGCAUGUUCAGCCCUACACUGUGUGGCUUUGCUGGAUGAUAUAAGUAGAGUGGAGCGCAACGGGCGCCUGUCAUUACAGAGGAAACACAAGUGGAGCUCAGUUUCAGAGCAAAGGGACUCUCCUACACACGAGUGGAAUCAAAACAUCUGAAUUAGUCACUGGACUCCGCUUUGAAUUCAACCUAAGGCGCAGCCCUGCCAGACUACAAGCUGCUAAAGCAGAAUAUGAACUUGAACUUCUCCGAUUCAUAUCGGAACUCAAACUUCAAGUCGCAGCACCUGCGCAACGACGGUGAUUUCUAUUCGGCCGGGUCAGCGGACGUGGGCUCGCUGAAGCUCGCCUCUCCGGAACUGGAGCGCCUGAUCAUCCAAAACAGCAACGGGGUGAUCACAACCACACCGACACCUGCCCAGUUCCUCUACAACCGCAGCAUCACAGAGGAGCAGGAAGGCUUCGCUGAAGGUUUUGUUAAAGCCUUGGACGACCUGCACAAAAUGAACCACAUGGCUCCUCCAAACGUUUCAAUCAGCGGCGUCUCCUGUGGCGUCCCCGGCGGCGUGGUGUGCUCGGCUCCAGCCUCGGUGUUCGGCUCAUCCAUGCAGCAGGACGGGCUCGAGUACACCACACUGAGCAGCUGCACCACGAACCCCAGUCUGUCAUCUGGAGGCAGCUAUCCCUCCACCACCAUCAGCUACCUGCCACCGCACCACCAGUACCACCACCACCAGCACCCCCAGGCCAUGGCGCACGCAUCGCACCAUUUCCAGCACUCUCUGGCCGGCGCGGGCAUCCACUCGCAGCGGUACAGCGGCUUGAAAGAAGAGCCUCAGACGGUGCCUGACAUGCUGAGCAGCGAUUGCUCUCCACCAAUGUCUCCCAUCGAUAUGGAGAACCAGGACCGCAUGAAAACGGAGCGCAAGCGGCUGAGGAACCGGCUGGCAGCGUCAAAGUGUCGGAGGCGCAAACUGGAGCGCAUCUCCCGCCUGGAGGACAAGGUGAAGGUGCUGAAAACUGACAACGCAGGACUGUCAAGCACGGCGUCAGUACUGAGGGACCAGGUGGCCCAGCUCAAACAGAAAGUCAUGACACAUGUGAGCAGUGGCUGCCAGCUCAUGUUGGCGCCCAAAGUGAAGUCCUAUUGAAGAAACAAUGCACUUUAAACAACAAAAAACACUGGACAAACUGCACUGACAAUGGACAAUGUCAACCUUUUCUGUACGAAAGAACUGGACCAUGAUGGUUUAUAUGGCUGAUGGAGAAGCAGCACAAAUCUAAAGACUAAAACACUUAGGGGCAUUUUUAAAUACUCUUUUUUAUUUUAAAGAUGUCGUCUUGGCUUUGCCUGUUUACAUUUUACUUUAAUUGCGAUCUGUGAUACAUUCUUAUGUAACUUAUUUGUGUUCCUCAGGUUGAGCCUGUGUUUUUUUUUUUUUACUUGUACAGUAUAUAUUUAAGUAAAUGAAAUUAUGAAACUAA